CCAUCAUGACUUUGUUACUUUUAAAAACACUUUAGUCCAAACCAAAAAAACCCAACCCUAAAAACACAAAAACAAACAAACAGACCACAAGAAAAACUCUUCCAAAAACCCACCUUCAAAAAUCUCUCUCCUCAAAUCCAAAUGUCUCCAAAAACCCCCUCCCUUUCUCUGUCUCAGUCUCAGUCUCUAAAGAAGAAGAAGUACAGUGGGGUUUUUGGAGAUAUGUACGGUUUGAUGGUGCUUCCAAAAGAACUCGACCUAGAGAAGGAGACUAAACCGACUUUUGAGCCGAAGUUUCAAGUACCCGACCUCUCCCAUGUAGUAACAGAUCUCAUUAGGACAAGAGAAGUUGGUGAGUUCCUCAGUGGGGCUUUGGCAGGGGCUAUGACAAAAGCAGUUCUUGCUCCUCUUGAGACCAUUAGGACAAGAAUGGUGGUUGGUGUUGGAUCCAAAAACAUUAGUGGUAGUUUCUUUGAGGUCAUUGAGCAGCAGGGUUGGCAAGGACUGUGGGCUGGCAAUGGAAUCAACAUGCUUCGUAUAAUCCCUACACAAGCAAUUGAGCUUGGGACAUUUGAGUGUGUUAAACGGGCAAUGACAUCAGCACAAGAGAAAUGGAAGCAGGCUGAUUGCCUGAAGGUGCAAAUUGGUAAUAUCAGUUUGAAUCUGUCUAUCUCCUGGGUUUCUCCAGUUGCUGUGGCUGGUGCUGCUGCUGGAAUUGUCAGCACACUUGCAUGCCAUCCCCUUGAAGUUUUGAAGGAUCGGCUAACUGUAAGUCCAGAAGCAUAUCCUAGUUUAAGCAUUGCAAUCAGCAAGAUCCAUAAAGAUGGUGGAAUUGGCGCAUUUUAUUCCGGCCUUUCACCUACACUGAUUGGAAUGCUCCCUUACAGCACAUGUUACUAUUUCAUGUACGAGACAAUGAAGAAAUCUUACUGCGAAUCAAAGAAAAAGAAGGCUCUAAACCGUCCAGAGAUGCUCCUGCUAGGAGCUCUUUCGGGUUUUACAGCUAGCACUAUCAGCUUUCCAUUGGAAGUGGCCAGGAAACGGCUGAUGGUGGGAGCUCUGCAUGGGAAAUGCCCAUCCAACAUGGUGGCGGCGCUUUCAGAAGUCAUCCGAGAACGAGGUGUAUUGGGACUUUACAGAGGAUGGGGUGCAAGCUGUCUAAAAGUCAUGCCAUCCUCUGGCAUAACCUGGAUGUUUUAUGAAGCGUGGAAAGACAUAUUGCUUGUGCAGAAACAUGUUUUGUAACGGAUUUUGAUAGAUUUCAUAAUAGGAUCCGAAUCGAAAGAUUUGUUGUGAUCUUUAAGUAUAAAUUACAGGAAAGGAGGUAUCAGCUAUCUUGCCGAAUCUCUAGGUAACUUUAUGAUAAUUAGACCUCAUAAAUUGUAUCUCAACUCCCGUUAAGUUGGGGGGACUACACUGUUUUAUUAUUUUUUACUGGAGGGGGAAGUGAGCCAAGUUGGAGGAUAUUUUUCAUAGUUUUGACUGAUUUAUUGGGAGGCAAUCAGGAGAUAAGUUACUCACAUCUUUUGUAACAUUAACAAAAUGGUGUUUCGUUUCUCAUGCACCAUUAUCAAUAUAGUUUUUGGAAUUUUUGCUCA